UCAAGUAGUCGGCGCCGGGAGCGCGCAGGCGCGGUGCCGUGCUGGUCUGUGAGCAGCGGGCGCGUGCCUGCUUUGGCUCAGCUGUGUGCGUGCACGCGUUCCGUUCGCGACACGACAGAGGGGACGGGCACCAGCCGCAGAGCUGCAAGCCUUGAUGGCGGCCUAGAGCCUCCUCCUCUUCCUCCUUCCCUCACCCCCCCGGCUCCGACAGCGUAGGCCCUGCGCAGCCUAGCCGCUGGCUACACUGGACAGUGAGGAAGACUAUUAGAGCUUGCAGCAAAAUCUGGGCCAGCUGGAAAAAUGGGCUGAAAAAUGGCAGAUGGAAUUUAAUGCAGACAAGUGUGAGGUGUUGCACUUCAGUAGGACCAACCAGGGGAUGGAGCCAUCCAAAGUUACUAUGGAAUCGAAGGAUGCUGCUUCAAAUCUCUUGAGCGCAUUGCAUACCUUUUACCAGUUUGGCCAUCUGUGUGAUGUAACUGUCCACACAGAACACCUUGGAGUUCAGGAAGAGUUUGCUGUUCACAGAGCAGUGCUGGCUGCCUCAAGCAAUUACUUUAGGGAAAUAUUCCUGAGAGAUGAGCUGUCUGUAAAAAAGGAAGCUACAGUCACCUUGCAGGAUAUUUACACUGAGGAUUUUACUUCCUUUUUGGAGUUUGUAUACACAACAAAAAUACAGAUUGAUCCACAGAAUGUAUAUCGAAUGCAAGAGGUUGCUGAAAGAUUAGAAUGUAAGGAUCUUGUGGAAGCUUGUGAACAUUUGAAGGUGAAGCUUUUGACACAAAGUUCAGAUGUAAGGGAACAAGUCUGCAAAGAGCACCAAACUUCUAAUAAACCUGAAAAUGAUUGGAGUAAAACAUAUUCACGGGAUCUGGAUGACCUGGAGACAAAGGAUUCAUCCAAGAUUGUUGCUGCGCCAGUCAGAAACAGACUUUGGGACAAAGUAGCAAAAAAGAAUACAUUUGAAAAAAAACAAUCGCAAUUAGAUGACUGCAUACAACAGGGAAGUAAAAAAAAAGUCACUGGGUCAGUCACUGUCAUUGAUCCAAGCACAGGAAUAGGUAAAUCAACAACAUAUGCCACAAAAAAUGUAAACAUGAAGAAUGUUAAUAUUGUUGAUGAGAUUACUGAAAAAGAUAACCACAGGUUUAAUCCAAUAAUCCAGGCUGAUUCUUCAGAAACUAGAAUUGUGAUCAAGAAGCUCCCCUAUCUAGAAGAUGAAGAUGGUAUACAGGAUGAACUCGAAAGUGCAGAUAACUAUGAGUUGAGAAAAGUAACUCGGAGUGCCUCCAAACGCAUGAAUCAGAAUUAUACAUGUGACAAAUGUCACCAGACUUUUCAGUUUUUGAAACCCUAUCAAGCUCAUAUGAGUUCUGAGCAUGACAUUACCAUUGUGGUAAAGUACAGCUGCAAUACAUGUUCUCAGCUAUUUUCCAAUUAUCAGAACCUAAGGCAACAUAGACUGACUGUUCACAACAAUGAGCGUCCCUUUGCAUGUUCAUUGUGUGACAAGCGAUUUAAACGCCAAAAGGACAUCAAUGACCAUAUUAGGAGGGUGCAUGAGAAGAAAAGAGCUCCUCAGACAUGUCCUUUUUGUGACAAAGUUAUUAGUUCAAAAUGUGGCUUGACUGUCCACAUCAGAACACAUACAGGAGAGAAGCCUUACAAAUGCCAGUAUUGCCCGGCCAGCUUCGCUCAGCGGUCUGCUUACAACACUCACGUAAGAAAGAUACAUGAAUCUGGUCAAGAGAAGAAGCCACCAUUUAUGUACUGGAAAGUAGUGCCACAGGUAGAUAAGCCAGAUGAAAUUGCUGGUAUUGUCAUGGAUGUCAGUAGUAACAGAGACAAAUGGGAUAGAUCAGAAGAUAAUGACUUGGUCGUGAACGCUAGCAAUAACAAGGAAGCACGUGAUGAAGAGCAACAGAGUACAUCUCAUAGAGAAAUUACAGAAUGCAGUGAUAUAAAUGAAACUAAAGAAGAUAAAGGCAAAGUUACAAAAUGUACAAAUGCACAAAAUGGCCUAACAAAUAACAAAGGAUGUCAUGUUAUGAAUGAAGGUAGUGGAGAUGAUGAAACUGAAGACUUUGAAAAUGAUGGUGAUGACAAUGAUGCUGAAGAAGAGUGUGGAGUAGAGGGUAACGAAGAAAAUAGCACAGAGUAUGAGGAUGAUAAUGAUAAAGAUGUAGACUACUCAAAUGAACAUGAUCCUGAACCAAGUGAUUCUGACGAGGACUCUGAAACAAGGAAAGACAGUAAAAAAGGAAGAUCACAAAAAUCAAAUCACAUUAUUAAGUGUGAUAAGUGUGAUGAUGAAUUUGAGUCCAGAAAGGAGUAUGUGAUUCACUGCAAAGACAUACACCAGUCACUACCUGGGAAAGUAUAUCACUGUGAGAUUUGUGGCAAGGCUUUUGCAACCCACAACAGCUGGAAAGAGCACUGUGCUUGUGUUCACAGUGAUGAAAGACACUUUGCUUGCACUCUAUGCAAUGCUACGUUUAAGAGGAAAAGGGACGUGCGGACCCACUAUGCUCGGAAGCAUGAAGGGCGUAUAAAACGUCCAUUAUGCUCUGUUUGUGGAAAGAUUCUGAGUUCACGAACUGCGCUGGUAUUCCAUAUGCGGACACACACAGGAGAGAAGCCUUAUGAGUGCUCCAUAUGCCAUUCUCGAUUUGCCCAACCGUCACAGCUCAAAAUUCACACAAGGUCACACACUGGAGAAAAACCCUAUAUUUGUGAGGAUUGUGGAGCCUGUUUCACUGAUAAGGCCAAGUUAAAUGGCCAUAAGAGAACACAUACAGGGGAGCGCCUUUAUGGCUGUGAUGUUUGCGGGAAGCAUUUUGCCACCAAUGAGUACUUGAAAUGUCACAAGCGAUGUCAUAUGGGUGCAAAACCUUACAAAUGUGAUGCGUGUGGGAAAACCUUUGGUCUGAGAGCCUCCUUGGCCCAACACAGCAAUAUACAUGCAGAAACACGUCCAUAUUUUUGUGAACAAUGUGGAAAAGCUUUUACCCAACAGGGGGCACUUCGGCGUCACCAAAGAAUUCACACAGGGGAGAAGCCUUACAAGUGCAGGGCUUGUGAGCGAACUUUCACAGAUAUGUCCACACUGAGAAGACACGUGUCUGCUUUGGGUCAACUGUAUGGGAAAAUAAAAGCAGCUACUUGAACAUUGUUACUCAUCUGUCAGCAGCAAUGCUGUCAACUAGAGGGACCAAUAGACAAAGAGUAUGAAUUUGAGUUUUCUAAUAAAUUUGCUGCAGGAAGCCCGCAACAUAUCCUUAAAUGCUGGAAAGUUUAUCAUUGUAGGUUAGCAGAAUAAUUUUAUAAGCAGUACUGUAGUAUUUGAAAAUGCAUCUUUUAACAUUUAGAACAAUUUAAUUCUGAAAGCAUGGCAAACGUUUAACUUUAUUUGUGUUCCAUCUAUUUUACUAGAUUUGCUUAACAUGUAUAUUGUAAACCUUUCCAAAGUAAUUUUCACUGAGUCAAAAGAAAGCUUUGUUCCACUAUGUAGUCCAAAAUGAUUGAUUCCUAAAUAUUCCAAUAUGCACCUCCUCCAAAAAUAAAGCUACAUAUAUGCUGGAGUUCCCCUGUCUUAUUUGUUAUGGUGUAAUGCACUUCAUGGGAAAUUGCCAGAAUCCCAUUACACUCAAGAAAAUAAUAAGAUCCUUUCUUAAUAUUUACACCACUUUACUAAGAAAUAUUUGUUUAAAAAUUGGAUCACAUUAUCACUUGCUUUUGAAUUAAAAGGAAAUAAAUUAAAUUUCUCAUCAUUUUGUUGUGACGGGCGUAAGAUUCCACACUUGUGUACCAGAUGGUUUCUUUCUACCGGGAUCACACACAAUGAUGCAGUCAUCAUACAACUCCAUUCCAUCAUUGACAACAGGAGCUGAAGUUGAAUUGCCACAUACCACAUUCUCUAUUCAAACACUAUUUCAAGGUCACUCAGCUAGAACCAAACUUGUGCUGGAAUUUGCUCAGAGUUAUCUUCAGAUAUGAUCUAGUGCUUUUUAUUGUUUUUUUUUAACAGCUUCAAGCAUAUAGAACACUCAACAAAGCACUCUUCUGUUAAGACUUUCUAGGAAAAGAUCUAUACUGAGUAUCACUCUACCUGUAAUUUUUGAUGCAAAGAUUAAUGAUUGAUGCAACAAUGAUUAGUUUUUAUCAUGAGGUGAUUGGCCAACUUACUUUGUCACUUUUGUGUUGAAACCCUGAUCCAGAACUGAAAGUGCAGAGGGGAGAUGGCCAGUAAGACAAGUUAAGAGAGGCAUAGUGGGCAAACGGAACCUAGAUGGGGGAAAGGGAUAGGAGACCCAAUAGGUUAAAUGUGUAGGUGAUAGCCAGAUAGAAUUAAGUAGGGGAAGGGAAUAAAAUAAGGUGUUUUUGGAAGGAGGUGAGCGGAGGUGCGCUGUAACAAGUCCCAUCUUCUCUCCCUUAUCUGAUUCCACAUCACCUUAUUAUCACAUUCCAGAAUCUACAGUCCCUGUCUCUUAUUUAUUACUUACAGUCUCUAUAUCCAACUUUACAUUCAUCAUACACCUCAACCUGGCUUCAUCUGCUCUUUAUUUCCCUCACUCUUCAUCUGUCUCUACUUAUCACCCACCAUUCACUGCCUUCCAACUUCACAGCUCUCCAUUUUGUUCUAUCUGCUCAUUACCUCACUUGGUUCCAUUUCUCACUGACCAGCCCCUGCCUUACCUCUUUAUACCAGUUAUCUCCCCUCUACACUCUCAGUCCUGAUGCAGGGUCUUGAUCUGAAACAUCACCCAUCCCUCUGCCUUCACAGAUACUACCUCAUCCAAUUUGUUCUCUUGCAAAGAAUGGGUGUAAUCAAUCAAUCUUCAGUUUGCAAAUACUUGCAGUUGUAUUGAAGAGAAUGACAAGCUAAUUUAUUGACUGGUUUCUGCAUAUGUUUAGUGCCCAUGCAUGUAUUCUUAUUAUAUUACAUUACUAGUUUUGGUAGUUGCUGGGAACACCAAACUCAUUACCAACCAUUUACCACUUAUUCUACAUGUAGAGGUACAUGGGAAAAGGACCACUUAGUAAGCUCAUAAGACGUAGGAGCAGAAUUAGAUCAUUUGGCCCAUCGAGUCUGCUCCACCAUUUCAUCAUGGCUGGUCCAUUUGCCUCUCAACCUCUUUCUCCUGCCUUCUCCUCGUAACCUUUCAUGCCUUGACUAAUCAAGAACCUAACAACCUCUGCCUUAAAUACACCCAAUGACUUGGCCUCCAAAGCUACCUGUGGCAAUGAAUUCCACAGAUUCAUUGCUCUCUAGCUAAAGAAAUUCCUCUUCAUCACCGUUCUAAAGGGAGAUCCCUGUAUUCUGAGGCUGUGCCCUCUGGUUCGAGACUCCCCCACUUUAGGAAACACCCUCUCUACAUCCACUCCAUCGAUAGGGUUCAAUGAGAUCCCACCCCCUCCCCUCACCUCCAUUCUUCUAACUUCCAGAGAGUAAAGGUUCAGAGCCAUCAUUCGCUUUUCAUAUGAUAAGCCUUUCAUUGCUGGAAUCUUUCUCAGGAAUCUCCUCUGAACCCACUGGGGGCCCAAAACUGCUCACAAUAGUCCAAGUGAGGCUUCAACAGUGUCUUUAUAAACCCUCAGCUUGAUUUUAUGGUCUAGUACUCCACAAAGUGAUCUAAAUUAAUUACAAAUAUGAAACACAAAAUAAUUGAUUAAAUAAGUAUUCACCCCCAUCAAGUCAGUAUUUAGUACAUGCACCUUUGGCAGCAAUUACAGCCUUGAAUCUGUGUGGAUAGGUCUCUAUCAGAUUUGCACAUCUGGACAUUGCAAUUUUUUCCCAUUCUUCUGUACAUAACUGCUCAAGCUCUUGUCAGAUUGUGUGGGGAUCGUGAGUGAACAGCCCUUUUCAAGUCCAGACACAAAUUCUCAAUUGGAUUGAGGUCUGGGCUCUGACUUGAUCACUCCAGGACAUUAACUUUGUUGUUUCUAAGCCAUUCAUGUGUAGCUUUGGCUUUGAGCUUGGGGUCAUUGUCUUGCCAGAAAAGAAAUCUUCUCCCAAGUCGCGGUUCUCUUGCAGACUGCACCAGGUUUACCUCCAGGAUUUCCUUGUAUUUUGCUGCAUUUAUUUUACCCUCUACCUUCACAAGCUCAAUUUUGAUUUCAUCAGACCAUAGAACUUUCUUCCAGCUAACUUCAGAGUCUUCCAUAUGCCUUAUGGCAAACUCUAGCCAAGAUUUCAUAUGAGUUUUUCUUUCAACAGUGGCUUUCUCUUUGCCUCUAUCCCACAAAGCUGCGACUGGUGAAGCACCCAGACAUCAGUUGUUGUAUGUGCAGAAUCUCCCAUCUCAGCCUCUGAAGCUUGUAACUCCUCCAGAGUUGUCAUACGUUUCUUGGUGGCCUCCCUCACUGUCCCCUUCUUGCACGGUCGGGCUGCUGUAGGCAAAUUUACAGCUGUGCCAUAUUUUUUCCAUUUCUUGAUGAUUGACUUAACUGUACUCCAAGGGUUAGUCAGUGACUUGGAAAUUUUCUUUUACCCAUCUCCUGACUUGUGCUUUUCAAUAACCUUGCAGUUGCUUGGAGUGUUCUUUUGUCUUCAUGCUGUCGUUUUUGGCAGGAUACUGACUCACCAGCAGUUGGACCUUCCAGAUACAGGUGUAUUUUUACUACAGUCAAUUGAAUCACUUUGACUGCACACAGGUCUCCAAAAACAAAUCUCCAUUUAACUAAUUAUAUGACUUCUAAAACCAGUUAGCUGCACCUGUGAUGAUUUAGCAUGCCAUAUUAAAGGGAAUAAAUA